AUGGCCCUGGCGGCCUCCCUGGCUGAGCUAUGCGCAGAGGCCUGCUGCCCCUUGUGCCACGAUUUCCUGCAGGAGCCUGUGACCCUGGAAUGUGGCCACAACUGCUGUGGCUCGUGCCUGCAGCAGCGCUGGGAGCAUCUGCACGACGUCCUGCCCUGCCCCGUGUGCCUGCACCCCUGCACAGAUGGGCACCCCCAGAAGAACACGCAGCUGGGGUUGAUUGACCUGGUCCAGCAGAUUCUGUGCAUGAGGAAGAAGAACAAGGAAGAAGAGGGCAGAGGCCUCUGUGAGAGGCACCAGCAAGUCCUGAGCCUGUUCUGCGAGGACGACCUGGAGCUGCUGUGUGGCCAGUGCACUGCCUCCCCUGACCACCGGGCCCACGUCCUGACACCCAUCGCAGAAGCUGCUGCUCAUCACAGGGCGAAGCUUAAGAGCUGCCUAGGGCAGCUGGGAGAGCAGCUGAAGGAGGCAGUGAGGGCCUUGGAAAGGAACGACGCCGAGUUCACCGAGCUGAAAGGCCAGCUGAAACUGCAGAAGCAAAAUGUGACCCAAGAAGGCAGCCAAUUGGCGCAGUUCUUGAGGAAACAGGACUAUUCCAUGGGGAAGAAGCUGGUUCACCAAAAAGCCGGUAUUUACCGACACGUGCUGAAAACCAAACAGCAGCUGUCCAGGGAAGCCUGCACCGGGAAGGAGCUGCUCAUGGCGCUGCAGAAGGCUUGUCUGCAGGCAGAUGCCCACCUGCUCCAGGACGCUGCAGCCCUGCACCUGGCCUGGAGGCAGCACCAGAGUCUGGAGUUCCCUGAGGCCCCUUCCUUGGAGCACAAAGGGGAGAGUCUCUCUCUGCCCCGCUACAUCGGCUUGGACAACAUGAGGGCCAAGUUCCAGGUGCACCUGACGCUGGACCCUGAGACUGCUCACUCGGAUCUCUUGAUCUCCCACCAGACAACCGCCAGCUACUGCCAGGAGGGCGCCCAGCCCAGCCCCGGGAUGCGCCCCCGUGCCUUCACCUCCCGCGUGGCUGUCCUGGGGGCCCCGGGCUUUGGGGGUGGCCGGCACUUCUGGCAGGUGGAGAUCCGCGGCUUGGGGGUCUGGUGUCUGGGCGUGUGCACCGAGGCCUUCUCCAGGGACACUUGGGCCGCGCAGACCCCGAGCAAUGGCUGCUGGCAGGUGCCCGUGACCGUGUCGCUGACCCUACCCGGUUUUCCGAUGUGGAAAGCAGCAGUUGCCUGCAUUGGAGUUUUUCUGGACUACGAGUUGGGGGAGAUUUCCUUCUACAACAUGAGCAAGAAGACCCACAUACACACACUCACUGGGACAUUCACCGAGAGGCUUGUGCCUUAUUUUUCGGACAACCAAGAAGACGCCAUUGAACAUAAACUCCAGGACCUAAACCUGGUACAAGCCCCACCCAAUAAGGUGGAGCCAGUGGAGCACAGCUGCUCAGCUUCUCUCCGUGCAGUCCGAAUCUUCUAA